AUGGAUGCCUCUAUGAUUGCCGAAUUACAAGCUGGUCUCGCCCAAAGAGAUGCCUUGAUUACUCAGCUUCUCAAUCGAGUUAGUGCUAUGGAACUUAAGAAUGCUAGCAAGGCUCCAGAAGGCUCGAAAAAAAAGUCAACAUCUGCAGGCGCGGCUCAAAGUGGUAGCGGAGAAACCAGCAAGAAAAAAAUGUCCAACAAGGCCGGAAAAAAGAAAGCAACAACAACCCCAACACCAACCUCCAAGGCAGUUCCAAAACCUCCGACCAACUUAGGUUCCGCCACCAAAACUCCCGUGAAGCAGCGCGCCCGAUCGGCAACCCCAGCCUCCGCAUCGAAGAAAAGUCCGCUUCAAAUGGUGAAGCAAGACCAUCCUGAAGGCUUUGAGCACACCAAGGAGGCAUUCUAUGUCCACAUCAAGGUGUUGUGGGGUUUGAUCAAGAAACGCGCCGUCCCCAACACCCCUUCCCCGGAACAGUUGGCUACCUUUUACCAGAGAUUCUCGUCAACCGAACAAAUUCAAUCGGCCGUCACUGGAGGCCCAAACCUGGUAGCUCUCGAAAUGAUCAAUACCCUCAAAGAAGCUCAAGAGAAGCGCAUGAAACUUGGCAAGCAUAUUGUGAAUAUAUCCGACUUCCACAUUCAGUACAUUCAUACCUCCUUGUCGCAACUCGGUCUCUUCGCUUGGAACCCCAAUCUCAACGAGCAAGCUGACUCCUUGUACAACGAGGCCCACAAGAUCUGUGCCAUCAGGAGCUUUCGACAAAUGGUUGCAGGCGGGGCUUACCAAUACAUGAACGUAAACGCAACUUACGUCGACAAUUUCGAUCUUUUGAAACAAACUUACGACCACUACGUCCACUAUGUGCUGGCAAAGAUAUUCGACAAGGAGAAGAAAGAGCAAGGCAAGCAUUUUCGUGAUGAGGAGAGGAAGGUGCUCCAGACCGCCCGAGAAAGGCUCAGGGAAAAACGCUACAAGUAUGCAGUCAAUAACAACUUUCCUAAACAAUACCUUGAGAUUAUCAAGUGCGUGCAGGCUCACAGCGAUGAUGAGUUUUACCCUUCCAAAUCCGUGUACAUCGUCAAGAAGCUUCCCUUUCGAUCCCGAUCGGCCGAUAUAUUUUUCCGCCGCCUCAAUGAAGUCAUGAAACAAUUGUCGCUUGAAGAAGGUCGACGUGAUCAAAGCAGACGACGAAUCCGCGUCAAAGACGCCCCAAAUACUGUUUUUCCCAAAGCACCCAAAGGACUGCCGAUCGACUUCUACGACACAGAGUGGUUCAACGAGAAACUCCCUGCACAGCGCCAAAACCUGGCCAACAUCGACGCAGUGGCUUUCCUCUCAAACCCCAACGACUCUCUUAGAUUCAAAGACCCGAUUGAAAAGCUCUCAAACAAGAGAUUUGCUGAAGAAAGAUGGGACGACGCCACAAAGCCGUACAACAUGGACUUCCUGACUCCCAAAGAACAAGACUCCGACUCCGACGAUGAAGACGGGGACAGUGAUUAUGGCGAGAGCAUUGAUUUGGAGAAAACCGAUGGGGAAGAUGAUGACGAGGAAGAGGAGGAGGAGGAAGAGGAGGAAGAGGACGCAGAUGAUGAUGUCAACAUGAGAGGAGAAGCCGAUGAAAACUUUGAGGAGUUUGAUGACCCAGAGGCCGACAUGAAGAUGGAACACUACGGGAAGGGGUCUUAUUUGGGGGGGCUAAAUGAUGAGGAAUGGAACGCAUGGCAGUGA